CGAGCGGUUUGCGGUGCUUUCUGGGACUUGUGGUUUUUCAAAGAGAGGCACUUCUUGGCCUGCCAAGAUGCCGCUGGCUCGGGAUUAGUCGGUUACGUGUCGCCUGCCCGGCUCUGCCUCGGCGGCCCGCGGGUAUAGACAUGGCGGGGGGUGCGAAGAAGCAGGUCCGCUUUGCCCGGCUGGAAGAAGAUGGAGCGCCAGAAGCGGGAGCCCUCGGGGACGCCGCUGCGGAGAGAGCCGCCGUCGGAGAGUCGCCCCCGAAGGGACUACCCGGAAACUCGGCGCGGCUUGCCCUUCAGCCGGUUGUAAAGGUGGCAGAUGGCAGCGGCCGAAGAAGCCGGGCAGGAGGUGGCCUUGGCGUGGGAAAGCAGCAGGCGGCGGCGGCGGCUUCCCGGCGGGCCCUGAAGUGGUGCAUUUCGGCUGCUCUUUGCGCCGCUUUCCUGGGCCUGGGAAUGGCUAUUGCUAUUCUAGGACCUACAUUUCAAGACUUGGCUGCAAAUGUGAACAAAAAUGUCAGUCAGAUUUCAUAUAUUUUCGUAGGCCGUUCAUUGGGAUACUUUGGUGGUUCUCUAAUUGGUGGAAUACUGUUUGACUGCAUGAACUCCAAGUUUCUUUUGGGCUUAUCUAUGCUGGGUACAACAGUAGGCCUGUAUGCUAUUCCAUGGUGUAAGAAAGCCAUCUUGUUAACAACCGUGAUGUCCGUCAUUGGUUUUACAAUGGGAAUUCUGGAUACAGGUGGGAAUGUUCUGGCUUUGGACACGUGGCAAGCAGAAGCUGGUCCGCACAUACAGGCCUUGCAUUUCAGUUUUGCCCUUGGCGCUUUUGUAGCUCCCAUCCUGGCGAAGAUGGCACUGGGUGGUUCUGCUCUUGAAUUGCAGAUACAUCAGGGUAGCAGUAUUGAUAACCAGUCAGCUGCGAAUUCUCCUGGUGCUACGUUGUGGCCAAAGCUUCAUUUGAACUGGAAUUUUGUGUGGUCUUAUGCUGUGAUUGGCACUUACCUCUUACUUGUUGCAUUGUUUUUCUUUACUUUAUAUUUGAGGAGCAGUUCUGUUCAUGGUAGAACAAAACUUUCCAUGCAGAAAUACCAAAUCGCAAAAUAUCACCAUGCUCUCGUACUACUUCUUUCUGUGUUUUUUUUUUGGUAUGUUGGAGCAGAGGUCACCUACGGCUCCUACAUCUUUACUUAUGCAAAAACCUAUGCCUUUAUGAAAGAAACGGAAGCAGCAGGGUUGAACGCUGUCUUUUGGGGAACCUUUGCAGCUUGCAGAGGAUUGGCAAUCUGCUUUGCUACCUGCUCUUAUCCUGGAUCUAUGAUCCUGAUAAGUAUCGUAGGCUCUACUGUGUCAUCACUCUUCCUGGUCCUCUUCAAUGUACACUCAGUUGCUCUGUGGGUUGGUUCUGCAGUCUAUGGUGCCUCAAUGGCUACUAUCUUUCCCAGUGGCAUUUCUUGGCUAGAGCAGUACACCACUGUUCAAGGGAAAUCUGCAGCAAUGUUUGUAAUGGGUGCAGCUCUAGGAGAAAUGUGUAUUCCUGGGGCGGUUGGCUUCCUUCAAGGAUAUUUUCCCACUCUCCCAGUGCUCAUGUACACUGCGUUGGGAGCAGCUGUCAUGACAGCAGUACUGUUCCCUGUGAUGUAUAAAUUAGCGACAUCCUCCGAUGAUGCCAAAUUGAAGGAUGCUGGAGACAGGGAAGUUCAAGAAGCUUUAUUGUCCAACACCUAUCCUGAAGACGAUGAUGAGGAUAGUGAAAUCAGAGAAUGGAAUGAAGUGGACUUUGAAAUAAUUGAGAUGAAUGACACACUAAGGAACUCUGUCAUAGAGACCUCUAAGAAGAUCCAAGGAGAAUUUACUACCACCAUCUCCAGCCAGAUUCCUUCAGAGAAUUUGUCAUUUAAUUCUUCUCCUGUACUUGCUGUCAGAUCCCCAAAACAGAAGAAUUCAACUAAGAAUGAUUAAGCUGUCUUACUUUAGUGGGAAAAAAUUUGAGGAGAUCAGAAUUUCAACCCUAGGAUCAUAUAUUAUUUCAAUAUUGGUGGGAAAUUUGCUGAAUUCUAAGCAAGGCCUUUUUAUUUUAAAGUAUUUUAAAAUAUGAGGGAAGUGGUAAUGGAACCCCUUUAUGUAACCAUGAGAGUGACUGAAAGACAAAAUAGAAUGUUUCCUAAAUUUAAUAUUUUUUUCAGGAAAGUGAAAGCUAUAAUUUGAAUAAACAGAACUUAUGUGUUCUCCUCCAGCAGUCCCCAACUUUUCCAGCUUGGCGGACCAGUGGGGGUGGCAGGUGGAGAGAGGGGAGGGUUUUGUGUGUGUACCACUUCCACAAAUGCAGCUUUGUGCAUGCACGCACACGCUCACUUGCUGCUUGUGCGGCCUGGUUACCAACGGGCCACGACCUAGGCCCAGGUCACGGACUGGGGGUUGGGGAGUCCUACUCAUUGUUGGCUUAUAAAAUGUUGUUUAUAAUCUGUGUACUGUACCUGAAAGGGUUGAAGAAUAAGAAUCUUCAAUUCAUCGAUGUCAUCUCUGGAAACAAGAUAAUCUGGAAAAUCAAUCCUUGAAGACCUCUGCAUUUCUAACUCAACAGUUCCAUGCGUUUAGAUUGAAUCCUAAAUAUAUUCUAUCCUAUGUAACAAAAAGAAUGAUUUUUUUUUAAAAAAAUUCAUGACCACAGUCAUGGCUAAAUUAGCAAAUACAUAUUUUAAAAAUUUGCUCAGAAGCACUUUGUAUAACGGAAAUACUUGCUGAAAAGGAUUUGAAUUUAUACUGAUAUAAUAGUUAUAGUAACCCUGUGGACUGAAUAAACUGGAGGUUAAGAUUGCUCAUCGAGUUUAGCAAUGAUGAACUAUAAUCUCAGGUUAUGCUUGCAAAGCAGAGAAAAGUCACCUGCAAUCCCAAGAGGAAUCCCAUGGCUGCUUUGGGUUUUCUAAAAUAUGUGUUGAGAACCCCUGCUUUAAGGGGUAAGGAAGGUGAAUCUGCCUCAGAAAAUCUGAUCAAUUUCAAAAUGCAAACAGGAUUGUUUUUCUCUACCUGCAUUUUCAAGUACGGAUCAUAAUUUAAAAUAAAAUGGUGUGUUUGUGGUCAUCCCAGCUGCACUAUAAAGUGACCUUAUAUUUAAAUAGCAUGAUACUAUGGUACUUGAUACCUUUGUGUAACUUCUUGCAUAAUUUUAAAAUUAAAAACUAAGAAAUCGCCCCUCAGAGAUGUUCUAUUACGAAUGUUAUAGUAUAAAUCAGUAAAAUCUGAUGGUAUCUUUAAAAAAUUAACUUUCAGCAAAUUGUUUAGAUAUAGUGCCUUCUAGAUGUGUUUGACUGCAGUAUUCAUAAUUCCUAAUCAGCAGGAUCUUUGUGUUGGACAAAGAUUAUAGGAAUUUAGAACCAUAACAUUUAGACAUAAUCAAGCUGGGGAGGUUAAUUGAAAAAGCGACUUUCUUAAAAAUUAAAUAUUGUCUAUGUGAAAAGAAAAAUCAAUGCUAAUUAUUUUUACAGUACCAGUACGAGAAAGCCUUAUUGUGGCUAGCAUUGGACAAAUAAUGUUGAAAUUUUGAUCAUUCAUUAAAAACUCUUGAUCAAAAUAUAUUCACUGAUAAUAGUUUAACUGCCAGAAUUAGAUGCUUGUAAGUGUAAAAUGAACACCAGGUAUGAUUAAAAUGCACUGUUAGUAUUUCUAAACUACUGUAAAUGGUGAUUAAGUUGUGAUGACGAGGAUCAUUUUAAUGAUUCUUAUUCUUACCAGAUAAUUAACUACAACUACUACAGCAGCUUUUGUAGUGGGCUGACUGAAGUUACUGAAUAUUAAUUUACACGUGGAAUAGACAUUUUGAGAGUUUGGAAUCUGCCUUCUCUCUGUACACCAAUAAACAACGACUGAAGUUAUUCUGAGGGCAGAUCUAAAUGUGGGGAAAGGAGACCAAGGAAACCUGAGGGGGAUGAGUGGGCGUUUUCUUACCUAUUGUUGAAUGUAACCCUUAAUAUCACUGGGGGAGAUCAUGUCUCCCAACAGUGUAUGUAUAUUACAUCUUUUUGGAUGUGUGCAUGUUGAAGUUAACAGUACAAAAAACUAUGAAUUACUUUGACUUGUACCUUUUGAUACUUCGUUCUAUUCUACAGUAUGUUUUCCUUAACGUAUUGCAAUUAUUGCUUGAAUAUGAUUUUUUUUUCUUGUGUGUUCCCAAUGUUACAAUAAUUUUGUAAUAAAAAUGAAAUAGGGACUGUAUUUACUGGGGAA